AUGCCUCUCUUACCGCAGACCUUCCUCCUCACUUGCCUUGUGGCCGCCAUCCAAGCCAAGAUCUACGGUCGCUGCGAGUUGGCCCAUGUGCUGAAGAAUAAUGGGAUGGACAGAUUCGAGGGCUUCAGCCUGGCUAACUGGAUCUGCAUGGCCUUUUAUGAGACCGGUUUCGACACGGAGGCUGUAGAUCGGCAUAAGGACGGCACCAAAGACUAUGGCAUCUUCCAUAUCAACAAUGGCUGGUGGUGUAAAGACGAAGACACCAUGUCGGAGAACUUUUGUGCCAUGUUGUGUUCAGAUUUGCUGAAUUCCAAUAUUGAAGAUGAUAUUAGCUGUGUCAAGAGAAUUGUGAGAGACCCCCAAGGCAUGGGGACCUGGGACGAGUGGAAAAAGCACUGUGAAAACCAAGACCUGGGGGAAUGGGUGAAGGGAUGUAGGGUUUAA